CUCGAUACGCUCGCUCGGCUUGGUCAGUCAGUUCACAGUUUGCGAAUCGCCUACAUCGGUCGGGCGUUUCAUAACAAGCCGCCGAUCGGUUUCGAUUUCACUGAGAACGCGCGUGUGUGUGCUACUUUUCUUUUUUGGAUUAUACCUCGCUACAUUUUGGAUAUAAUUGUGCAGUGCUUUUGUGGUUUGGUUUAUUUACUAUGCCGUUUAGGUAGACUUGUGAAAUGUUACUCGAAAUGGAGAACCACUCCACGUUAUUAUCUUUGAACAUGUCCCCUUUUAACGCCGCGAACUCGAAUGAUUCCCCGAUGAAUAACAAUCAAUCGUCGAGUCCGUUACCGCCCCAGUAUAACUCGCCACCCAUAUCAACCCCUUAUAGUAGCUGUCAGCAAAACAUGGGCAUGCAACACCAUUAUCAACAAUCGAUGAUGAUGUCUCAAUCUAUGAACAAUAUUGACACCUCUUAUUUAUUUUCUUCCUCAGGUGUCAACACGUUGUCUGGUAUCGAUAUGGGAGCUAGUUACCAGAUCGCGGGUGUGGCGACUUCCCUUACCGGUGGUAGUAUUGGAGAUAUACCGGAUACCAAGGACUGUAUCGAAGAGUUGUGUCCGGUUUGCGGGGACAAAGUGUCCGGUUACCACUACGGUCUUCUUACGUGCGAAUCUUGCAAAGGAUUUUUCAAAAGAACAGUUCAAAAUAAGAAAGUUUACACGUGCGUAGCCGAAAGGAGUUGUCAUAUUGACAAAACGCAACGGAAAAGGUGUCCUUUUUGCAGGUUUCAGAAAUGUUUAGAAGUCGGAAUGAAAUUAGAAGCCGUUCGGGCAGACAGAAUGAGGGGCGGUCGAAAUAAAUUCGGACCGAUGUACAAGCGAGAUCGAGCCAGGAAGUUGCAGAUAAUGCGACAAAGGCAGCUGGCGGCGCAGACGUUGAGAGGUGGCCUCAGCGGCGACAUGUAUUCCAACCAACCUGGCACCUCUCCGUUCGCCAACAUCCACAUCAAGCAAGAGAUCCAGAUUCCUCAGGUGUCUUCGUUAACGUCGUCGCCCGAUUCCUCUCCUAGUCCGAUAGCGGUCGCCUUGGGCCAGGUGAACUCUUCACUUGUCCAACCCGCCUCUAAUCAGCAUCCAGCCCUUCAGAUAGUCGGCGUGCCAGGCGGCGGCCAUUCCUCUAUGGCCAUGAGUGGCGGCUCGGAGAACAAACUGUGGGCCCAAGCGAACUCCACCACCACAUCACCUCACUCUCUUAGUCCUAAAGUGUUCCAAUUUGAAACUGUAGUACCGCAAGGUGGUAGUGUAUCGGCUUCGAGUAAAGUGUCGCCGUUAAUCAGGGACUUCGUGGCUGCCAUCGACGAUCGGGAAUGGCAAAAUUCGUUGUAUACACUAUUGCAAAAUCAGACGUACAAUCAGUGUGAAGUGGACUUAUUUGAACUUAUGUGUAAAGUGUUGGACCAAAAUCUCUUUUCCCAAGUCGACUGGGCGAGGAAUUCGAUAUUCUUUAAAGAUCUCAAGGUGGACGAUCAGAUGAAACUCCUCCAACAUUCGUGGUCGGACAUGUUGGUGCUUGACCAUAUACACCAGCGAAUGCACAACAAUCUCCCCGACGAAACCACCCUUCACAACGGCCAGAAGUUCGAUCUUCUCAAUUUGGGAUUGCUGGGAGUACCGAGUCUAGCGGAUCAUUUCAAUGAUAUCACGGUUAAAUUGCAAGAUUUGAAAUUUGAUGUCAGCGAUUAUAUCUGUAUAAAAUUUAUGUUGCUGCUUAAUCCAGCUGAUGUACGAGGUAUAACCAAUCGAAAGCACGUACAAGAAGGCUACGAACAAGUUCAACAAGCUUUACUCGAAUACACGGUGACAUGUUACCCACAAGUUCAGGACAAGUUCCAUAAGAUGCAGCAACUUCUGCCCGAAAUCCACAGCCUUGCGGCGCGAGGAGAAGAACACCUGUACCACAAACACUGCAACGGCAGCGCCCCCACGCAAACGCUCCUCAUGGAAAUGCUGCACGCCAAGAGGAAAUAACGGCCGUCCCGUUCGUCUCCACGUUACCAUAUCUGUGUGCAAUACCGGCUUACACUCUGUAUAUAGGUUACAGGAAAUCUCAUAAUUGUUGUUGACAUUGAUGCCUUUUCGAAGUACAAAGAGCAAACUACAUAUUUUUGUAAUAAGAUAGACCUCAGGCCACAGCCCCACGCUCUCCAUACCGUUUUUUUUUCUUCUUCUCUUCGUUGUUUUUUUUUUAUUUAUGUUAAUGUUGAAUUUUUGGAUUUUUUUAUGAUACACAUUCCACGAGGGAGUGCCUCCGAGGGGAUUCAAGGGCAUCCUAAAAAUCUAGGCUAAGGAGUCUUAAAUAGCUUUCUUCGAAUGAUCGGGUCGAUUGCGUGAGUGUGAGCGUGUGCACAGCACUAAAACAAACGUGUUAACAGUAGAGUACGUGUAGCUUAACUGUGGUGAUGGACUAACUAACAGCUCUGUAAUAUUAUGUGUAAUUAUUAGUUUUAUUGAUAAACUUUAUUAUUAGUUAUUAAGUUUACCUAUAUUAUAUAUUAUGUUAUAUAUAUAUUAUGAAUGUUAAAAAUGAGGAAGUACGAGCUGGGCGACUGUGGUCUUUAUUUUGUGUUGUUGUUAUCGAAAUGAUAAAAAAGAGGAAUGACAAUGUUAAUAGAAUAUCAGUUAUUUCACAAAAUAGACCAUUCUGUGUGUAACCUUUCGAACCACGAAAAUAAUGUUUCAUAUUGAAAUGCAAAAACUAAGAUUUUUUUUAAACUACAUUUUUUAUUAUUAGAGUUAUAUAUUGUUAUUUAUCUCUUCUUUUUUUUUGUGGAGUUCUAAAUAUUUAUUUUUGAGUAGAAUUUUGAAAAAAGGGAUAUACAAAAUAAACGACUUGAAAUAAAUAUUAAGAUAUAUUUAUAUAUUUUAAGUUUAUGAUCUAUUGGAAAAAUAAGUAAAUAUUCAAAUAUUUUGAAAAAAAUAUCCCACUUUGAUGUAUUGUGACAAUUGUUUACUAGCAAUGAGCAGGAAUAGACAAAAUAAUCGAUUUAUAAUCGAUUAAUCAAUUUUUUUUUAAUAAUUGGUAAUCGGUUAUUUUCGAUUAAUCAAUCAUUCGAUUAUUAUUAGUUAUUUUCGAUUUUUUUUUCGAUUAUUUUCGUUUAUUUUGGAUUAUUUUCGAUCACUCGAUUAUUUGAUUUUUUCAAUUAAUCAAAAAUAUUAAAAAAAAUAUUAAAUCUAUGAAAACUCAUUUUUAAACAUCAGUUUACGUCGGAAAAUUUACAUUUUUUUUUUGAACAAUAUUUCCUUUCAGACUCAUUUCACGAUAAAAACGUUUGCAUACAAAAUGAAAGUACAGAAAAUGUCCUACAAUUUAUGUAAAAACCUUUUUUUGUAUACGAGGGCGGGCCCAAAAGUGUUUUCAAUUAAUCAAUUUUUUUUUUAUUUAUUGAUUUAUUUCGAUUAAUCGAAUAUUUUUGAAUAUAUUGAUUAAUCGAUUAUUUUUGAUUUAUCGAUUAUUUUCUAUUAAUCGAAUAUUUUACUCUUAUGCUUUUAUUUCUACCAUGUACAGCUAUGGGCACUAUUUCUAGAUCUGAAAUGAUCAUAACACCUGUCAAUUUCCUACCCUUGUAACCUAAUUCCACAAUUUCUUUAAAAUUAUCUUUUAAUUCUUCUGAAAUUCCUCAGGAUUCCCAUAAAAUUUCCAUAAUUCCUUGACAAUUCAGUCUAUAUUUCUAUAAUUAUCUGGUAAUUUCCACAAUUUUCUAAUAAUUCCCAUAAUUCCCUGUUAAAUCCCAUAAUUCUCACAAUUCUGUGAUAAUUCCCAUAAUUUCGAUCGUUCCCAGUAUAUCUAAUUCCCCUUUAUUAU